GUUCCCAUUGAUUCGGAACUACAUUUCGGUGCUUCCACUCGCAUUUACAUCAUUCGAGAGCGUCCAAAUCCACUAUACAACGGUCCAAACAAUAAUGGCGAUGCUACGGGGAUCGGCUCGGACGUUCUGAAUUCUAUGGGUCCAAUCAAUCGCUCACUGGACGAUUCAACUGGAGACGGUGCUUCCCUAGGAAUUCUGUACUCCCAAUUGCCCCAGUCGGAAGUGGAAUUGGACAAUCUGACUGAAUUCAACACCGCUCACAACCGAAGAAUAGCCAGCAUUGUGGAUGUGUCUAGUACAAACAAUUCCCUAGGUUUGGGGGAACGUCGAAAACGGAAAAUGCACAGUGUACAUUUUAGCGAUGCGGAUGAAGUAAUCAAUCCAGAAGAUGUUGACCCUUCCGUUGGCCGUUUCCGUAAUCUGGUGCAAGAAACAUUUAUUCCGAAUAAAUUGGGUCUCCCGUUGCCUAAUUUGGCCCCCGAUAUUGAUUCUGAACCAACGGAACCCAGUUUACCUCCUACGUUGGCCAUGCUUCACGCACAUGCACAUUCCCGCCCGGGUUCAUUAACAACAGCUUUACCGGAUGGAAAACAGAUUGGUCGACUCAGUGCAAACGAUAUCCUAGGCACCGAAGCCGAACCUGGCCGAAUCGAAUCGGGUUUGGUCGAAUCCGAUUUUCCCAAACGAAAGAAGUACGCGAAAGAAGCAUGGCCUGGAAAGCGACCUGGAUUCCUUGUUGGCCCCACUGCCUAG